CCCGACCCAAGGUCAGCGGGCGUGGGGGCGGGAUCAGGGGCCAUCCCGGCUCUGUCCCCGGCGAUCACCGAGAAGGGCGUGCGACCUGGCGGGGACCACGCCCUGCCCUGAACCGGCCCGGGACAGGCCGCGCCGGAGCAGAUGCAAGGGGCGCCUUGGGAGAUCAAGGCACCCGACUCGGGCCUCGCACUGCGCUGGAGAGCGUCACAGGGCUUCCUCCAUUACCCCUCCAACCUCCCCUCCCCGCACAGAUGGGCUCCCUGGAGACAGUGACAGCCUUCUCCAAAGCCAGUAUGUGACGCCCCGCCCCCUGCCCAGCCAGAUUAGGGGGUUCUCCGCUGAGUAAAAGGAUUUCUGGCCUGGCCUCCCCUGCUCUUCCUGCUUGAAUCCUCAAUGCCGCCCAGGCCAGCCCUUCCACACGAAUCAGCAUCUAGUGGGUGUCCGUGUGGGCAGCAGUCCCCUGAGUUUUGAGGAGGAGAUCAAGAACCUUCUCUGUUUGAGAGGCCUUGCCACUGGAAGGUAGGUGGGCGCCCUGGGCCAAAUCUUUUGCUCAGGGAAAUGGAUCCUGGGGGCUCAGAGUAUGCCCCCUAGUUCUCGGGGUUCUUCACACACCUUCUGAGACAUCUGGGAACUGCCCCUGCCUGGGCCAAAGCGAUUCCAUUAAAACUUUUGCUGUGCCUACUUUUUUUAUUUUUUAUUUAUUUAUUUAUUUUUUUUGCGGUACGCGGGCCUCUCACUGCUGUGGCCUCUCCCGUCGCGGAGCACAGGCUCCGGAUGCGCAGGCUCAGCGGCCAUGGCCCACGGGCCCAGCCGCUCCGCGGCACGCGGGAUCCUCCCGGACCGGGGCCCGAACCCGCGCCCCCCGCAUCGGCAGGCGGACUCCCAUCCACCGCGCCACCAGGGAAGCCCUGCUGUGCCUGCUUCUCUUCAGUGAUCUUAAAUAAUCAUGAGGGCAGGGCCAGAGGCUGGACAAAACUGUGCCUGUGGCUGGCUGGUGGCUCCCCUGAGACCAGUUGUGCUCAUGUCCUCCAUCAGUUCACAACAGGAGGCACAUCCCAUCGGGGCCAGACUGUAGGAAGGCUGCUGCGAAGGCUGCAACUUCGUGGCCUGCGGCCGGUCCCGCAAGAGAUGGCCCCAGGGGCGCCCGCACUGCUGCUGCUGUCGCUGCUGUCACUGCCGGGUCUCCCGCCUCGCGCUGCCGCCUGCCCUGCGGCCUGCCGCUGCUACAGCGCCACGGUGGAGUGCGGCGCCCUGCGGCUGCGCCUGGUCCCGUCCGGAAUCCCGCCCGGGACGCAGACGCUGUUCCUGCAGGACAACAGCAUCGCGCGCCUGGAGCCAGGCACCCUGGCACCCCUCGCCUCCCUGCGUCGACUCUACCUGCACAACAACAGCCUGCGCGCCCUGGAGCCAGGCGCCUUCCGUGCGCAGUCGCGCCUGCUGGAGCUGGCGCUCACCGGCAACCAGCUGCGCGGCUUGCGCGUUGGCGCUUUUGCCGGCCUGGCCCAACUGCGCGUGCUCUACCUAGCUGGCAACCAGCUGGUACAGCUGCUGGAUUUCACCUUCCUACACUUGCAGCGACUGCAGGAGCUGCACCUGCAGGAAAACAGCAUCGAGCUGCUGGAGGACCAGGCCCUGGCCGGGCUCUCCUCGCUGGCACUGCUGGACCUCAGCAGGAACCAGCUGGGCACCAUCAGCCAGGAGGCCCUACAGCCCCUGGCCAGCCUGCAGGUCCUGCGCCUCACAGAGAACCCAUGGCGCUGUGACUGUGCCUUGCACUGGCUGGGAACCUGGAUCAAGGAAGGGGGCCAGCGACUGCUCAGCUCCAGAGACAAGAAAAUCACGUGUGCAGAGCCCCCCCGCCUGGCACUUCAGAGUCUCCUGGAAGUAUCUGGCAGUAGCCUCAUCUGCAUCCCACCCUCUGUGCACGUGGAGCCGCUGGAGGUGACAGCCAACCUGGGUGAGGACCUGCGGAUUGCCUGCCAGGCUUCCGGCUACCCGCAGCCCCUGGUGACCUGGAGAAAAGUGGCGCAGCCUCGCGAGGGGCCGCCGCAGGCCCAGGCCCAACCUGGAGGCGGGGUGCCGGGCCCAGGUGGGCCCGGGGCAUCCGACACGGGCAGCGGCAUGCUCUUCCUCACCAACAUCACCCUGGCCCACGCUGGCAAAUACGAGUGCGAGGCCUCCAACGCCGGCGGCGCCGCCCGCUUGCCCUUCCAGCUUCUGGUCAACCUGUCCCAGCAGCUGCUGCUGGCGCCUGCGCCGCCCCGGGCUGGCGACCCAGUCAGCCACGAGCACCUGCCCGAGGUGGGCGGCAUGGCCUUUCGCGCCCUGGGCCUGGCCACGCAGACGGCCAUCGCGACGGCCAUCGCGCUCCUGGCGCUCACGGCGCUGCUGCUGGCGACCAUGAUCUGCCGCAGGCGGCGCAGGCGCAAAAAGGCACCAGGGCCUCCCGGGGAGGGCGCGCUCUUCGUCAACGAUUACUCGGACGGGCCCUGCACCUUCGCGCAGCUCGAGGAGCUCCGCGACGAGCGGGGCCACGAGAUGUUCGUCAUCGACCGCUCCAAGCCGCUCUUCGCCGAGGGCCCGGCGGAGGCGGCCGAGGGCGCAGCGCCCGGAGUCGCACAGGGCCUCCCGCUGCAGCCGCCUGCCGCCUACGAGAUCCGUUGCUGAGGGGGGGCGGGGCGGACGCGCGCUGAUGACGCGGGCCCCGCAGAUUGGCCGGCUCGGCUCGCCCUGCGCAUGCUCCAGCGUGAUCAGUAAAGGGUGG